UGACAAGUGGAAGCAGGAAUCAAGCACCGGUCAUUAUACUUACUUUUCUGCAUCCAGAUUCUCCGAAUGAUCUACCAUAAUACGCUACUCGGAGCACUAGCUACUUUGGCCAUCGCCGUCGAGCCGACUGCAUUGUACAACGGAGGCUGCAAUUCUGCUAUCGAUGUGAAGCUUCGCAUUUGGAAUGGCGGUGGUGGGCAAAGUGGAUUUAUUGAGGCCCUUGCAGAUGAUUUCAUCAAGGCGAGCAUGGAAACCGGUUCUGCACCAUUCAAGGUCGCCUGGUACAAGAGUGACACAACAUCGCUUGCCAUCCGACAGAGCGUGGCCAAGGGCCCUGCCUGGUACGCCUGGCGCGACCACUUUCUGCUGGUUGACCCUCACUCCAACCCAGUUCGACUGAACAAGACCGACGACAUCUUGACCAUGUUCUCCAGCCUCUACACCGCGGCCAAGAACGGCGGCGCCCCUGUUGGUACCAUGUUCCUCUCACGGUAUGACAAGUCCGCCACCAACAUCAAGGAAUCCGACCUCUGGAUUGGCAUUGAACAGGUUCCAUGGACGACGACAUACUCCACGUGGUACCGUCAGUACAUCGCUUAUUUUGGGGCCGCAAACGCCAAGAUGGCGGACAGGUUUGCCCAGUGGGUUACAAGCAGUGAAGGACAGGCUAUUAUAACUGGGCUCAAGAAGAACGGACAGCAGCUGUACACGGGUGUCCUGGCUAAUAAGACUGCCCAUUUUGAAGACCUUUGCCGAUGAAGGGAGUACUUAGAAGGGUUUAUACAUGAUUAAUCAAUCAAGCCAGUAGUCGUGAGAAUAGACGCUCAGACUGUUCUGGAUCAUUCACUGCAUCCAG